AAGAGAAAGGGAAAAAAAAUUAAAACCCCAACGGUCGUCCUUCCCUCUCCCUCUCCCUCUCCAACUUUUACAGGAAUCAUGUGUUUGGAGCGAACGAAGCAAGCGCACUUAAUCAUGGCCAUGGCCAACCUCUUCCUCAGAAACACCUACCACAAUUUAUAAUUGCAUUUUAGUCCCCACAUCCCCUUCACCUUCCUAAAAUGAUCUCCUUCUUAUGGACCAGCCCUGUUCCGACAAAGCAGAGGACCCCAACAAACUCUGUCUCCCAUUAACCCGCCACUUCAAACCCAUUUCGCUUUUGAGCUCUUCUGGGUCUCUAGAUCCCCCGAAGAAGCUCCGCCCCCAGAUGGGUUUGUUGUGAAAAAUCCAAUCUUGGUGAGAAAUUUAGGGAGGAGUUGUGUUGUUAGUGAGCGUCCUCUGUUCGGGGAAGCAGCGGGGAUUAGGAUGGAGAGAUUGGGAGAAGCCAUUGUUGGGGAAGGAGAUUGCUAUAGCGAUUCGACGGAGGAGGAGUGUCGCGGGAGCAGUUCGAGCUCGGAGAAUUCGUUGAGCGGAGACCUCCCGCAGAGGCUUCGUCGAUCGGAGGGGUCGGCGGAGCCGUCGGAGGAGUUGGGUUGGCCCAUGAAGAAGAAAAGCUCGAGCUCGGAUGCGGUGGAUGGGAAUGAGAAAAUCCAUGAGGAUGAUGCAGGAGUAGAGAAGCAGAAGCGAAAUGUUUCAGAAAUUGAGAUGAUGAAGGAGAGGUUCUCCAAAUUGCUACUUGGAGAGGACAUGUCGGGCUGCGGCAAGGGGGUGUGUACAGCAUUGGCCAUUUCAAAUGCUAUUACUAAUCUUUGUGCAACAAUAUUUGGGCAAUUGUGGAGGUUGGAGCCUCUUCCUCCCGAAAAAAAGUCAAUGUGGCAAAGAGAAAUGGAGUGGCUUAUUUGUGUUAGUGAUCACAUAGUCGAAUUUUUACCCACAUGGCAAACAUUUCCUGAUGGAAGCAAGCUUGAGGUCAUGACAUGCAGACCGCGAUCCGAUUUAUAUGCAAACCUGCCUGCCCUUCGGAAAUUAGACAACAUGCUCCUUGAUGUACUGGAUAGUUUCAAUGAACCAGAAUUCUGGUACGUUGAUCAAGGAAUUUCUGCACCGGAUUGCGAUGGUUCGGCCUCCUUUCGAAGAGCUUUUCAUCGCCGCGAUGAGAAGUGGUGGCUGCCAGUACCCCGGGUGCCGCCUGGGGGUCUCAGUGAGAGUACAAAGAAGCAAUUGCAGCACAAACGCGAGUGCACGAACCAGAUUUUGAAGGCUGCCAUGGCUAUAAAUAGCAAUGCUUUGGCGGAAAUUGAUGUUCCCGAGUCGUAUAUUGAGUCCUUACCAAAGAAUGGCAGAGCGAGCCUCGGUGACCUGAUAUACCGUUACAUCACUUCCGAUCAAUUCUUUCCCGAAUGCCUUCUCGAUUGCCUCGAUUUGUCCUCCGAACACCACGCUUUAGAAAUUGCCAAUCGUGUGGAGGCAUCGAUUUAUAUUUGGCGUCGGAGAACAACUAACAAGCCAAUGAACAACACGAGCCGAAGUAGUGCUAAAUCAUCUUGGGGCAUGGUGAAAGAUAUGAUCAUAGAUGCAGAGAAAAUUGAGUUGCUUGCCGAGAGAGCCGAGGGCCUCCUGCUUUGCUUGAAGCAAAGGUUCCCUGGGCUCACACAAACUACCUUGGAUAUGUGCAAACUCCAAUUCAACAAGGACGUCGGAAAGUCCAUCCUAGAAAGCUAUUCACGAGUACUGGAAAGCCUUGCCUCUAACAUUGUAGCUCGCAUCGACGAUCUGCUUUACGUAGAUGACUUGAGUAGGCAUACGGAUCAGUUCUCCUCAAUUGUUCACAACAAAGUUAUCACUUCGUCGCACUCGGUGCCUGUCUCAGGCACUCCAUUUGAAACUGCUUACGCUACCCCGAGCUACUCUCCCGCGCUGGGAAUCAGUCCGAUAAAAGGAGAGAAGGCACUUUUGCUCAAUAGGAAACUGAGUAGUCGCAGUUUUGGAGUGAAGAAAGUUUUGACAGAAUAUCUGGGUGUCGAGGUGAAGGGAAAGAACAGCAACAAUACUAACACAGCUGAGGUAUCAUCGCUAACUUUAGGGUUUGGAGCUUCUUACUGAGUGAUGUGUUGUUGCAAUCCAUAGUGAAGCGAGAUGUUAGAAAGAUAGGAUUUGUGCUUCAUGUGUUGCUUGAAACUAUUGUUGUUAUGAUUGCUGGUCAAUGUAUUAUUAGACCUCAACAAGUAUAAGGUUCCUUUUCUUUGAGAAUA